ACCAAAUCCCAUACGCAGUAGUGUUACGCGGAAGUACUGUACACAAUCUUUGUACUCUAGCGAUAACUGCCUGGCAAAAUGGUUGGAAAAUACAAUGCUCUGUGUGCUUGUAUGUGUCUUAUCCAGGUUUACGGAGAUGUGGCAGACCCCGAACUAACUAUUCUCGUCAGUAACUUGAACCCCGGAAGGUUACUCAAGCUAUCUCUUACCGCAUCGGCGGCAAAAAUAUCAAGUCUGGUUGCCAGUUCGCGCCCGGUAGCGAUUGAUUACGACCAUACAGAGCAGAGAGUCUACUGGACAGACGUUGCUCUGAAGGUGAUCAAAGCAAGAGAUCUGAACAAGAACACCGAUGAGCUCAUCCUGUCCUUGGAUUCAAGUGGCACGCCAGAUGGCAUAGCCGUUGAUUCCGUCGCCAGGAAGAUUUUUUACACAGACACCGGAAAUGACGUCAUUGCUGUACUGAACAUGAAUGGAACCGGUAGUGAGAUCGUCAUUAACACUGGGCUUGACCAACCUAGAGGGAUUGUUCUACAUGAAGAAAACAGGAAGAUGUACUGGACUGACUGGGGGGUUUCCCCCCACAUAGCAUCAGCUGAUUAUGACGGUACAAACAUCAGAAAAAUCGUCACUAAAGGUCUUGGAUGGCCGAACGGGCUGGCAAUAGACAAAAGAAAUGGAAUCCUCUUCUGGUGCGACUCCUUGACGUACAAACUACAAUCAGUGUGGGUAGAUGGCUCGCACAGAACAGUUUUGCUGCAUGAACCUGGAGCUCGAUACUUCGAUAUUUACUUUCAUGAUGGCGCCAUCUACUUCACAGACAGGAACAGAAGGGCAGUAUACAACAUCCCUUCAACCGGUGGGACAGUAGGCGUCAUUGCAUCCGAGGAGAUCACACAGCCUGCUGGAAUCCACGUGUUCUCCAACAGAAAACCAUCGGAGUGUCUAUCGGGCCAAUAUGGAGAGGAGUGUAGGCAAUGUGGAAACUGCAAAGAGGGAUCAGUCUGUGAGAAGACCACAGGAAAGUGUUUGGCUGGAUGCGUCGCUGGUUACAAAGGCAUUGACUGCAGACAAGUGUGCACACCAGGUACCUACGGGAUGAAGUGCGCAUCGAAGUGUGGCAAUUGCACUUCUGGAGCAAUGUGUGACCCAGUCAAUGGUACCUGCCCACACGGGUGCCUAGCAGGAUGGAGUGGGGACCUUUGUCAAACAGCAUGUCCCGCCAACACCCACGGCUCCGAGUGUACUCCCUGUGGAUUGUGUGCAGGAAGGGUCCCCUGUGACAAGGUCCUGGGAGUCUGUCCAGCUGGGUGUCAACAAGGAUGGACCGGGGACAGAUGUGACCGAGCAUGUCUCCCAAAUACGUAUGGAACUUCCUGUGAAUCAUGUGGGCAAUGUGCUGGCGGUGUUCCUUGUGACAAGAGCUCUGGACUUUGUGUGAAUGGAUGUCAAGAUGGUUGGUUGGGCUCUUUGUGUAAGACACCAUGUAUACCUGGCACACAUGGUGAGGGGUGUCUAUCACUCUGCUCCCACUGCAAAACAGGAAGUGUGUGUCAUCACGUGACUGGUCAAUGUCCGCUUGGAUGUCAACAAGGAUGGAGAGGCGCUAAAUGUGACGAGAGGUGUAAUCCGGGUACUCACGGUAAAGACUGCGCAUCAUUCUGUUCGCACUGCAUGACGGGAAGCGUGUGUAAUCACGUGACGGGUCAGUGCCCGGAUGGGUGUCUGUCAGGAUGGAGUGGAGACAACUGUGAUGAAGACAUGCGGGGUAAAACCCAACAAGAAGCAAGCAAUACGUCCCUUCUAAUUGGAGUUGUUGGUGCAUCUGCAGGAGGUGUUGUCCUAUUUGUCACCAUUGCCAUUGUUGUUGCUAAAGCCGUACUUGCCAGACGAAAGCGACGACUUCGAGGGAGAACCUUCGAGCAAUACGACACAGCCAAUAUCGCCAGGCGGCCCAAUCGCUGUCAAGUGCUAUCAGACCAAUGCCCUGCCUACAUAAGCAUUAUGAAACAAACCCAUGCUUCCAACACCAACGCUGAUGCUGCCCAAACAAAUAUGUACAUUCCCAUGGUUAACACCACAGGCAGUCAAGGGAGGAAUUAGAUGACUGUGUGUAUGAAACACCAUUCUUUUAAGUCGAGUUUAGGAUCAUGAUUUUCUCACACAGGAUGAUGCACUUGCUGCUCGGUCGACAACUUUAGAACUUAUGAACGUGAAGCUGUUCGCGAAGGCGUGAUUUAUUCAACAUUAACGUAUCGCUUUUAAAACUAAACUUAAAGUAAAUGCGUUACUGUGUGGAUGUCUGGUCACUUGAUUGUCUGGACUGCCGCCGUCGCAUGGCAGGUGUACUGCUGUGCGGUGUCCGGCAACAAAUACACAUUUUUAUGCCAUUUGUGUGAGUGGCGGCAGCUACUGGUAAGGCAGGACAUGCCUACCAUUUUCGCGAACACCUGGGCUCACUUGCACAAAGCGAUCUUAGCGCUAAGGUAAUCGUUACUCAAAUACUUUAACAUAGGCUUACGAUAGUCUUUGCGCUAAGAUCGCUUUGUGCAAGUGGGCCCCGGUGUCAUCAGUGAUUUUCAGUGAUUGAUUCAUAAAAAAAAUAAUCAUUGUCCCUUUGGAGCCAAAUGGAAUUUGUUUCGUUGUAUAAUCGAGACUGGCUCGUCUCUGGUGUUAUAUUUAUAAGGUUACCGGAUGACAUACUCUCAUCCAUGUUUAGGAAUGCAUUCCCGUGUACGUUUUACUACCGCCGAACUUGGAUAUUCUUUUAUACUCUUUUACUGUGUGUACAUUUCAAUUUCCUAGUCAGUGUCAAACUAUGCCACCACGGUUUUCUGUCCGCUCUUUGUCUCAUUGUUAUCAUGUGCAUUUCGAUGUGUUUUUCGUAAUGUCAAACGUUACCACAAUGGUACUAAUAUUAAUGUUGCUCUCUGGGUACAUAUCUGGGUAUAUUACAGAUAAAUAGUCAAACAUCAAUUUGUUAUAUUCCGUAAAUGGAAUAUUGUAAAUAUUGUACUGAUUCAUUUUUUACAACAGUUAUACAUGAUCACAUAUUGUCAUCUUAUAUGUCUCUAAAUGUACAUAAAAUGUCUAUUUGUGUAAUAAAUCUCUUUUUCCAU